GUCGCCUGGUAACGAUCUUGUUGCAGUUUCUCGAUAUGUCUCUGUGCGGAGUGAAGGAACCGACCGUGAAAUAUCUGAAAACCAGCCCAGAGCCAGAGCCCCCUGCCCCGUCCCGGACUAGCCAGUACUAUCGGGUGAAACCUGGCCUCCCCGAUAGAUUCGAGCAUCCGAGCUGUUUCCAGGGAUAUGGAUCUCGGACAACCAACCCACUGUACAGAACGACAAACCAGACCUAUGGCAGCCAGCAGCCAACCGUUCAUGAAAUGCCGACCAGCUACUACACGGUAUCUCAGAAACUUUCAGAACAUUUAAGCAAAUGUGGGAUGUACAAGGACCAUGGAUUUAAUGUUGGCAUGGAGAAAUCGCUGGUCACCGGACCGGAAAACCUGAUCACAUUCCAGGACCGGCUGAAAUUUCAUCGCUCCUACUUCUCUGCUGGUCCUUCCUACACAGAUUAGGCAAGGCCCUGUUACCGUACAAACUCCAAAUACAAAUAUGUUGCUGCAGUGUCUAAAACCCUGUCAACCCUCUGUGUGAAACUUGUCAUUCAUUGUAUUAAAAAGAUGUAUUUAAAUACAAACUCAAAACUAUUUGUCUUUUAAUUAAAAAAAGACAAUUCACAUUGCUUCAACCAUUCCAGUUGGUGCUAAAGAUAGAGAUUCCAAUCACAGAGAUCCAAUUCCUAAUUCAGACACAACCGGAGGAUCAGUGCUGCGGGAGCGCUGCGCUGUCGGGGGGGGUCAG